UUUUUAUCAUUUUUAUUAUUAUUAUUGUACUAUUCAUCUCCGGAUUUGAUUUUGUUGUUAUUUUUAGAAGUAGUAGUAGCUACUGCUGUACUGCUUAUAUUUAUUAUUACUUUACAUAUAUAUUUUUUACUCAUGUAGAGGUAGUAUAAUUAUAAUAGAUGAUAUUAUUAUUAUUAUUUCCCUGUUUUAUUGAUGCUCGUUGGGAGCGCGUCCUAGGCGCGCAUGUGCCCUGAUGUUUGCGUCCUUAUCAGAUAGAUGAGCCACUUUGAUUGAAGCGUUUGUCAUGUAAAUGCGGCCCUUUGAUGGACGAGCCGGCAGACUUGACAGAGUGCCUUGGCUCUCUGGCCAUUGGCGUUUGGCUGGUCACGUGGUGUUGUCAGGAAGGUGAUAUGAGAGUGGAAGGCAGUUUUUUUUAGUUUUUUUUUUUUUUUUUAACAGCUUUGACAUACUACCUAAGGUCAGGGCACAGGGAGCGACCAUUAAUGACUGUUCACUCCUGAUCAGGUUUAAAACAAAUACGGGCCCAGGUUCUAUGAUGAACUCCUACGUAGACUACCCGAUGUGCAGCCGGGGAGCGAAUAUUUUCAGCGCAAAAGCCGGAUACUCCAACUUAAGCCACGGGUACUCGUCGUCCAACCCUUGCGCAACAAGUGAGGGUUACGCACCGGAUGGGUGUCUGGUGCCCCACCAGGCUCCAAGCGUCCCUCUGCACCACCAGCCGCACGUCAACAUGGAUCUGCAGUUUUCCGCAGCAGGAAACCCCAUGUACGGGUCAACUGUGGAGUACGGACACCACCAGUACGGCCUCGCCCCCGACCAGGACCGGAGCUUCCUGCACGCACAGGUCUCUGCGCUCGGGACGAGCGUGGCUCCUUACCCGGGGGACGGCUGCGGCCCCGGCCAGUAUGUGCAGUAUCCGGAUCAGAGGCAGCAGGAGUAUUCAGAGAGCCUUUAUAGGAGGUUACCCCCGCAGUGUAAGGAGAAGGACCAGGAGCAUGUGGAGGAGACUUCUAAAACUUUCGACUGGAUGAAAGUGAAAAGAAACCCCCCUAAAACAGCUGUUCUGUCGGAGUUCGGGGUUUCGGGCCAGCCCAAUGCGAUCCGCACCAACUUCACCACCAAGCAGCUGACGGAGCUGGAGAAGGAGUUCCACUUCAACAAGUACCUGACGCGGGCGCGGCGGGUGGAGGUGGCGGCCAGCCUGGAGCUCAACGAGACGCAGGUGAAGAUCUGGUUCCAGAACCGCAGGAUGAAGCAGAAGAAGCGGGAGAAGCUCGGCUGCGUCCUGGUCAGCAGCAGCAGCAGCAGCCCGCCGGAGAAACUCUCUGAAACCUCCACCCCGAACGCUACAGGGGAAAAACUGUGAACUAUGACGGGACUUCUAAGAAGCCGUUUUCCACACUAGGUUUUUACCAGGAAAAACAAAUGCAAGAAGAGCUUGAGGACUUGUGAAUCUUACAGGGUAUGACUGGGUGCUUCCUAAGACAUAUUUUCAGCGAUUUUUAUUUUUUAUUUUUUACUUCUCCAUCAUGACUCCAAGCUGUGUUUUGUGUUGGAGCACUGAUCUCCCAGGUGUCACUGUUUGCACUAUUUAUUUACAGGGUAUUUUUCAACACGUGUAUAGACUGAUUUAGCUUAAUAAAGACAAUGAGAUGUGAAAGAGAA